CGCACAUUCGUUUACCACGGAAUCUACUCAACUCUCGUGCCACAGUGGUUGUUUUUCCUUCCAUGGCAUUUUACCAGGACGAUAGCCAGGAAGACGCACAAGAGUGUCCAGUGUGUUAUGAGGGCCUGUCGGGUGCUGAGAGGACUCUGAGCUGCGGGCAUGUUUUCUGCCACGACUGUCUGGUCAAAACGUUGGUCAGCAUCAACAGUGAUGGAAAAAUCAGAGACACAAUUGCUUGUCCUAUAUGCCGACAUCUCACAUUCAUCAAGAAACAGAAGGAAGCGCUGCUGUCCCUCGCGCCGGACAAGGAUCCAGAUGAAGGGCAGACGUUGAAGGUACCUCUCCCUCUGCCGCUUGGACAGCUCCAGAGCGCACGGCGCGCCUCCGAGAACACUUUGCCCAGGGGGUUUACCUGGGUGGCACCCUGCCUCAGGUGGGUGUCUGAGCGAGUCCGUCGACAAAGGCUGAUCAGACCCAGCCAUAAAGCGUCUCAGAUCUUUAUCAUCAGCGCUCAAGGGCGACCCAUGAUUGAGGAAGAUGCGCACAGCGUUGUAAUGACUGUGGUUCAGCAGCAGCGCAGGAGAAGACGCAGGAUUUGCACAACUGCACGGUGCCUGUUUGUUUUAUUGUCAGCCUUUACUAUACUCGCACUUGUAGCAGCAACCUUACCCUGGAUUUUGUUGGCAUAGCCCAGUGAUAUGGAU